AUGUCGUCCUCUUCAAGACCCAAGCCCUCACGCAACAGCUCCUCAACUCACCGCUGCACACUAUCCUUAAAUAAGACCGAGAUUCUGAUCAACGUCUACGACCUGCUACCCCCAGGCAAACUAUCAUCCGUGCUUUGGGCUAUCGGAGGAUCACUCCUGCACUCGGGUAUCGUGAUUCAGGACAAGGAGUAUGCCUUUGGCGGGCAUGACAGAGCAGGAGUGACAGGAGUGUAUUGGACAAGACCUCAAGUAGAACCUCCGGGCGGUACGUUUAGAGUCGAACUCCUGCAAGGAUUCUCCUUCCGCACGGAAACAGAGCUUGAAGAGAUCAUACAAGAAGCAUCACAGCGCUUCCAGGGCACUUCUUACAACCUCCUUACGAACAACUGCAAUCACUUCACCUCCUACCUUUGCGAGAAACUCACAUCGCGCCCCGCGCCCAGCUGGCUCAACCGCGCUGCAAGUAUCGGAGUCGCGCUGCCCUGCGUAGUACCCCGAGAAUGGAUUGCCGCGCCUGACUACGACACUGCGGACGGAGAGCUACUGGACGAUGAGGUUGAUGAUGAGGAAGCAGCGAUGUUACGGAGUUCAAGAAACAGGCCCCGGGUUCGCCCGUCGGUCGAGGAGCAAGAUCGCUGGGACAGUGAAAUGGACCGGAUUAGUAGUAGUAGUCAUGGUUAUGCCAGACCAACCUCUGCGGGGAGCGAUGCGCCGCGACCGGUGAGUGUGAGGGAUACGAGUGGAAGGGGGAUACCCGUUAGUGAGCGAGCACCGAUACCCAAGCGAAGAUGA